AUGGCAACCGUCAAAUUGGUCACUACACCCGAAGAGUUGAAAGAGGCUCAUCGAGUCAGAUAUUUAGUGUUUGCUGUUGAGCAGGGUUUUGAUGCCAGUAUUGAUGUGGAUGAAAUCGACCCAAAAUGCACACACUGGUUAUUAUUACCAGAGGAAACAAGUGCUCAUGAAUCCAGUACGACUGCAUCAAAUGUGUCAGGGAGUGCCAUGGGCACAGUGCGAAUGGUUCCUACAGAGCCAUGUCCCUCACUAGGACGACUGUGUGUUCUCGAAACAGCACGAGGAAUGGGCGGAGGUCUUAAACUAGUUCAGGCAGUGCAUGAGCAUGCCAAAUCCAAAGGAUUUGAUCGAUUGCAGAUCCACUCUCAGUAUGACAAGGUGGAUUUCUAUUCAAAGGCAGGAUACAAGGUUGACGAUCCCGAGCCCUUUGACGAAGAGGGUAUGCCGCAUUUCCAUAUGAGCAUCGAUCUGGUGUGA